AUGGCUGAACUUCUCCUAGGGGAGUCGAAGCUCGAGCAGCACUUGAAGGAGAAGCCCCUGCGCCAGGGAGCCAGUCCCCGCGGCCCCAGACCCCAGCUCACUGAAGUGCGCAAGCAUCUGACUGCCGCCCUGGACCGAGGGAACCUCAAGUCAGAAUUCCUACAAGAAUCCAAUCUGAUCAUGGCCAAGUUGAAUUAUGUGGAAGGAGAUUAUAAAGAAGCCUUGAACAUCUAUGCCCGGGUGGGCCUUGAUGACUUGCCGCUGACAGCUGUACCUCCUUACAGGUUGAGGAUGAUCGCUGAAGCCUAUGCUACCAAAGGACUUUGUCUAGAGAAGCUGCCUGUGUCGUCCUCAACCAGUAAUCUCCAUGUGGACCGGGAGCAGGAUGUCAUCACCUGCUACGAGAAAGCCGGGGACAUCGCGCUCUUGUACCUCCAGGAGAUCGAAAGGGUAAUGCUAACUAAUAUUCAGAACAGAAGCCCUAAGCCUGGCCCUGCUCCCCACGAUCAAGAACUAGGUUUUUUCCUAGAAACAGGACUUCAGAGAGCCCAUGUCCUCUAUUUCAAAAAUGGGAUAGAUGUGCAUGAAGACCCACAGAACUUGACGAGAGGAGUCGGGAGAUUUAGGGAGCUUCUCAGAGCCGUGGAGACGAGAACGACCCAGAACCUGCGAAUGACAAUAGCCAGGCAGUUGGCAGAAAUCUUGUUACGGGGCAUGUGUGAGCAGAGCUACUGGAGCCCCCUGGAGGAUCCUCCCUGCCAGUCACCUCUGGAUGACCCUCUCCGGAAAGGAGCCAACACCAAAACCUACACACUCCCUCGCAGAGCCCGCGUCUACUCAGGAGAGAACAUUUUUUGUCCUCAAGAAAAUACUGAAGAGGCGCUGCUGUUACUGCUCAUUAGUGAAUCUAUGGCCAACCGAGAUGCUGUGCUGAGCAGGAUUCCUGAGCACAAGAGCGACCGCCUCAUCAGCCUGCAAAGCGCGUCUGUGGUCUAUGAUUUACUGACCAUUGCUCUUGGAAGAAGAGGCCAGUAUGAGAUGCUGUCAGAGUGCUUAGAAAGAGCCAUGAAGUUUGCCUUUGAGGAGUUCCACCUCUGGUACCAGUUUGCUCUGUCUCUGAUGGCUGCUGGAAAGUCCGCCCGUGCCGUGAAGGUGCUGAAGGAAUGCAUCCGGCUGAAGCCUGACGAUGCCACCAUCCCGCUCCUGGCAGCCAAGCUUUGUGUGGGUUCCCUUCACUGGUUGGAAGAGGCUGAGAAGUUUGCCAAAACUGUCGUUGAUAUAGGGGAUAAAACAUCGGAAUUCAAGGCCAAAGGCUACCUAGCUCUGGGGCUCACAUAUAGUCUGCAAGCCACUGACGCUUCCUUGCGAGGGAUGCAGGAGGUCCUGCAAAGGAAGGCGCUGCUUGCGUUUCAGAGGGCCCACAGCCUGUCACCUACAGACCACCAAGCAGCUUUCUACCUGGCUCUGCAGCUUGCCAUCUCCAGACAGAUACCAGAAGCUCUCGGGUAUGUCCGUCAAGCUCUUCAACUCCAAGGUGAUGAUGCCAACUCCCUGCACCUCCUCGCUCUCCUGUUGUCAGCCCAGAAACACUACCAUGACGCUCUCAACAUCAUUGACAUGGCCCUGAGUGAAUACCCAGAAAAUUUUAUACUACUGUUUUCCAAAGUGAAGUUGGAGUCACUCUGCCGGGGACCAGAUGAGGCGCUGCUCACCUGUAAGCACAUGUUACAGAUAUGGAAAUCCUGCUACAACCUCACCAAUCCCAGUGACUCUGGACGUGGGAGCAGCCUCUUAGAUAGAACCAUCGCUGACAGACGACAGCUUAAUACAAUCACAUUGCCAGACUUCAGCGAUCCUGAGACAGGCAACUCUCCAGAAGCACACUUUCAUGGUUUUCCCUCCCUCUUUUCAGUUAGCUCUGUCCAUGCCACAUCCGUAGCAGCCUCAAGAGUGGAGCAAGCACUGUCAGAAGUGGCCUCGUCUCUGCAGAGCAGUGCCCCCAAGCAGGGCCCGCUGCAUCCCUGGAUGACGCUGGCACAGAUCUGGCUCCAUGCAGCUGAAGUCUACAUUGGCAUUGGAAAGCCUGCUGAAGCCACAGCCUGUACCCAAGAAGCUGCCAACCUCUUCCCAAUGUCCCACAAUGUGCUAUACAUGCGGGGCCAGGUUGCGGAGCUUCGAGGAAACUUCGAUGAGGCCCGGCGGUGGUAUGAAGAAGCCUUAUCCAUCAGCCCCACCCAUGUGAAGAGCAUGCAGAGACUGGCCCUGGUCCUUCACCAGCUGGGCCGCUACAGUCUAGCUGAGAAGAUCCUCCGGGACGCAGUGCAGGUGAACUCGACAGCCCAUGAGGUCUGGAACGGGCUGGGAGAGGUCCUCCAAGCUCAGGGCAACGACGCAGCAGCCACUGAGUGCUUCCUGACGGCCUUGGAGCUGGAGGCCAGCAGCCCUGCUGUACCCUUCACUGUCAUCCCUCGAGUGCUCUGAAGGGCCACCCACCUCACCUGCCACAUGGGCCCAGGAUGCUCCGUCACCCAGUGAGCAGAUCUGCAGUAUCGAGGCCCUGGAUGGAUGUUUGACCACAGCGGAACCACGCCAACCCUGAAUCAUUGCUCUCCCCUCUUGCAUUCAUUCAUUCUUGUCGUUUUUGCCAGAU